AUGCUCUGCAACGCCAAGUGCCCGGGCGGUAUCAAGGGCGCGGGCAUUCUAGGUGGCACGCUGAGCGCCUUAAACCCCUUGACGCUUCUGUCGAAGAAGGACGAAGAGGAGGAGAAAGAGGCACAGGAAGAUCCUGAUCCACAGAAAAAGAUGUUUAAGCAAGUAGACUACAUAGAGCCUUGGCUGCUGAGGUGUUCUUGGUUUAGGGUUCAGGGUUUGGGGUUUGGGGUUUAG